AUGUGGCUCAUAGGUAAUUUGUCCACGUCAAGUACGAGGACAUACAUUAUCAUAGGGGCCAUCGCGUUCCUCAUUAUCCUCACCAUCUGUUUAAGAAAAUGGGCUCUUCAUUUAAAUAAACAGAAGAAACCCGACGCGCCACCGCAGCCGGCAGACACCGCCGCCGCCGGAGGAUGUGCAAUUCGGACAUAUUCUCUGGAGGAGCUGAAAAUAGUGACGGCGGAUUUCAGUGUACGGAUUGGCGUCGGGGCGACGUCGUACGUGUACCUGGCGGAGCUGGGCGGCGGCAGAAGGGGCGCCGUGAAACGCGUUAUGGAGGCGCGUGGCGGCACGCAGAAGAUAUUCCUGGACGAGGUUUCGGUGCUAUUAAGGAUAUCACAUUCCAACGUUGUCGCCUUGCUCGGAUUCUGCCUGGAUAAAGGUGAACAGCUCCUGCUUCUAGAAUACGUCCCGAACAAAACCCUCUUCGACCGGCUGCACACCCGGUCCGCCGCCGGCGGCGGCCGCCUUUCGUGGGCGGAGCGCCUCCGCGUGGCCCUCGACAUCGCCUACGCCGUCGACUACCUCCACUCGGUGGCGGACCCGCCGAUCAUCCACCGCGACAUCAAGUCGUCGAACGUCCUCCUCACCCACGACGGCCGCGCCAAGCUCGCCGACUUCGGCUUCUGCAAGCUCGGCGGCGCCGCCUCGGGCGACAAGUCCGCGCCGACUCCGAUCGCCGUCAAGGGCUCGCUCGGCUACGUCGACAUUAAUUAUCUAAACACGGGGAUCGUCUCCACCAAGAGCGAUGUCUACAGCUUUGGAGUUCUGCUCCUGGAGCUCGUCACGGGACUGAGGUCCCUUCAGGGGUCGUUUACCCUGCCGGAGUGGACGGAGGACCGCCGGAAAAGCGCCGACGUCGGCGUCGUCGCCGGAAUGGUGGAUCCGAAUCUCGACGGCGACGUGGAUUUGGAGCAGCUUAGGGUUUUGGUCGACGUCGCGAAUUUGGCUUUGCUUUCGGAUUCUGAGGCCAGGCCUGAUAUGGCGGAGAUUGCUUAUAGAAUUUCCCAGUGCCUGGAAACUGAUCCUGGCCGUCGCCAUUGUCGUCUUCAACCAGAGCUCCCUGUUUAAAAUUGUAUACACAUAUGUGUAUGUAUAU